AGAGCUCAGAGCUGAGAGGGGCAUUGUGCUGCUGCAUAAACAUUGUGUCUUUACAGAGGAUUGAAAGAGAUUUUAUGGCACCAUGGUAGUUAGGGGGCUUCUCUUGAUGUUCUGUCUUCUCCUGCUGGCACGCGGCACACUCCAGCAGACCUCCUCCAAGAGAAGGAACGGAAAGAAAGAUUCAAACAGCGCUGCGAUUGAGGAGCUGAAGAGACAGAUAAAUGACAUCAUACAAGAGCUGAAUUUGCUGAAAGAGCAGCAAGCUUUACAGACAGUUUGUCUGCGAGGCACAAAGAUCCUCGGUAAAUGUUUCCUGGCUGACCCGGUGAAGAAGAGCUUCCACGCAGCCAGCGAUGACUGCAUCGCCAAAGGAGGCAGUCUGGUCACUCCUCUGACCGGAGAUGAGAACGACCAGCUCUACAGCUACGUCCGGCAGAGCAUCGGCCCCGAGGAGCAAGUUUGGCUGGGUAUCAACGACAUGGUGACUGAAGGCCAGUGGGUGGACCAGUCCGGCUCGGGUGUACGCUUCAAGAACUGGGAGACAGAGAUCACCCUGCAGCCAGACGGAGGCCGCAGCCACAACUGCGCCCUCCUCUCCACCACUGCUAAUGGGAAGUGGUUCGAUGAGAGCUGCAGAGCUGAGAAGGCUUCAGUGUGUGAAUUCAACAUUGUCUGAGAGGAUUUCAGUCCGAGCAGAUACAUACAGUUGCAAGAAAAAGCAUGUGAAGCCUUUGGGUUUUCUUGGAUUUCUGCAUAAAUUGGUCAUAAAAUAUGUUCUGAUCUUCAUCUAAUAGACAAACACAGUCUGCUUAAACUAA